AGAAGCAAUUUUUUCCCCAAUCACACUCAAAUUAACUUUAAAAGGUUUUAGUGAUUCAUUAGAUGAAUGUUUAUUUGUGCAUGUAACAUGUAGCAAGAACUAAAAUAGUAAGAAAACAUGUGUUUAGGAAGAUGUUUUUUUUAAUUUGAGCAAAAAUGGUGUUUCUCAUUUGUAAAUAUUUUACCAUUAAGUUCUUGAUUGCAAUGAAAUAUAGGAGAAGGAAUAGUCUUCUAAUAAUGUAGGUAGUGCAUUAUAUAAUGGAGGUAGUGGUGUUGUUGAGAAUAACGUAGAGACGGUUCAUUGUCGAGGGAGAAGUAGUGAAAAGAGCAAAUCUCAUAUUUGCUUUCAAUGAAAUGUAGAAGAAGAAGGAAGACAUCGUUUCAAUGCAAGAUAAAUAAAGAUGUUAUUGAAAGAAGAAAUAGGGGGAGAUAAAGACGUUAUUGGUGAGGAUGAUAAUGAUAAUAAUGCAAUCGCGAAGUCCCAAACAAACUAUGUAGGGUUGUUGGGAUGGAUCAAUCUAGAAAUGAGUCAAUUUGAUCAAUUGUCUCGUUUUAUAAAUGAGGCAAUUAAAACGAGUCAAUUCGAAUUACCUGCCCCACCCCAGAUAAUUGAAAUUGACUCAAAACGGAUCAAUUCAAAAUACCUAAGGCAGAUUGAUCCAUCCAAAAAUUUUGCUGGCAAACGAGGCAAUUUGGUACAAUUGUUUCAAAACGAGACAAUUGUUUCAAAUUGAUCCGUUACAAUUCCUCAUCCAAAUGACCCCGUAGUAAUUUCUAAUCGGAGUGUGAUUUGGACAAAUUUUUUAAAAGUUGAUUCUCUUGCAUUUUUUUUUACUUUUGGUAAUGACUUUAGUUGAUGAAUCGGUUAGGAUGUCUGAAAAAUUUAUGAUCCAUGUGUUAGUGUUGUGGUAUAUGAUCCACGAUCGAACCUCUCCAAACAACUCGAGUUAUUGGGAUCAACUGGUUCUUGACAUGGUAUCAGAGCCUUCUGUGACCGAGAGGUCUUGUGUUCAAUUCCCAGUGACCCCCAUUUGUUAAGCACAUGAUAUUCUUGUCUUCAGACAUGUGCAAACUUCAAGCCCUUGUGAGUGGCUUUCGUUUGAGGGGGCAUGUUAGUGUUGUGCUAUAUGAUCCACGAUUGACACCAUGUUCAUUUUAUUUUCCCAAUAUUUAAAAAUUACCUUUCCAUAAUAAAAAAUGAAAAUUUAUUUUCCUUCACAUAAUUACUAUUGUUGUUUAUAUCAUGAUAAAAAGUAUCCGGACAACCGGUCGGGUCCAAAUCUUAGUGUGAAACAUGGAUAAGUCAAUCAAACUUACAAAUCUUUCACAUUUUUCUAGUAUUAUAGAAAAAAGAAAAUCAUUAAAAUCAUAAUUAUAAAAAACCAGAAGUAAUCACUUUAUCGAAUCAAAAUAAAAUAUUGAGAUUGAUAGUAUAUUAAUACAUCUAAUUGAACACAACAAACCAAUUAUUUGAUCAAAACACCAGAUAAAAUAUUAAAUGAAUGGAGGUAUAUAUAUGUUCUUACAUAAAUCCUAGUUGGCUCUCCAAUCCCCACCCUCUUUUGUGCAUUUCUCUUUCCCUCCCUUUUCCCUUCUUCUUCUUCUUCUUCCUCCCUUUCCCUUACCAAACAAAAAAAAUUCCCAUGCCUCUAUAAAUUCAGCUCCCAAUUCUCUCUCACAAGAACAAACACUCCCCCUCUCAACAAAAAACUCCAUUUUCAAACAAAAAAAAAAAAAUGAAAGAGUACUGGACCUCGCUCGCUUCCUUGCUCGGCGUCCUCGCCUUCUGCCAGAGUAUCGUCAACUCCAUCUUCCCGCCAGAGCUCCGAUUCGCCAUCCUCAAGCUCACCGGCCGCCUCUUCAACCUCUUCUCCUCCUACGUCUACUUCGACAUCACUGAGAUCGACGGCGUCAAUACCAACGAGCUCUACAACGCCGUCCAGCUCUACCUCUCCUCCUCCGUCUCCAUCUCCGGCACCCGCCUCUCCCUCACCCGCGCCGUCAACUCCUCCGCCGUCACCUUCGGCCUCGCCAACAACGACUCCAUCGCCGACUCCUUCAACGGCGCCGCCGUCCUCUGGGAGCACGUAGUGACCCAGCGCCACUCCCAGUCCUUCUCCUGGCGCCCCUUGCCCGACGAGAAGCGCGGAUUCACCCUCCGAAUCAGUAAGAACGACAAAUCCCUAGUCCUCGACUCGUACCUCGAUUACAUUAUGGAGCGGGCGGCGGAGAUUCGCCGCAAGAAUCAGGAUCGGCUGCUGUACACGAAUUCCCGCGGCGGAUCUCUGGACGCGAGGGGGCAUCCGUGGGAGUCGGUCCCGUUCAAGCAUCCCAGCACAUUCGAGACUCUGGCCAUGGAUCCGGCGAAGAAGCUCGAAAUCAUGCGAGAUCUGAGGGAUUUCGCCGAAGGGCAGGAGUUUUACCAGCGGACGGGGAGAGCCUGGAAGCGUGGGUACCUCCUGUACGGUCCCCCGGGCACGGGGAAGUCGAGCAUGAUCGCCGCCAUGGCCAAUUUUCUAGGUUACGACAUUUACGACCUCGAAUUGACGGAGGUCCACAACAAUUCCGAGCUUAGGAAGCUGCUGAUGAAGACGAGCUCCAAGUCGAUUAUCGUGAUUGAGGACAUCGACUGCUCGAUUAACCUCGGGAAUCGGAAGAAGAGAUGCUCGAGCGCCGGAAACAGAGGAGGCUCUUCGAGCUUCUACGAGGCGGCGACGGAGAUGAGAGGGGGAGGAGCCGGCUCCGACGAGGGUGGAAAUUCGAUUACGCUCUCCGGAUUGCUGAAUUUCACCGACGGAUUGUGGUCGUGCUGCGGCAGCGAGAGGAUCUUCGUGUUCACGACGAAUCACGUGGAGAAGCUGGAUCCGGCUCUGUUGCGGAGCGGGAGGAUGGAUAUGCACAUUUUCAUGAGCUACUGUUCGUUCCCGGCAUUGAAGAUUCUCCUGAAGAAUUAUCUCGGAGUCGAGGAAGCAGACGGAAACAACGCCGCCGUUGGCGGCGUUUGGAAGGAGAUCGAAGCGGUGAUUGAUAAGGCGGAGAUGACCCCUGCGGAUGUGAGCGAGUUGUUGAUAAAGAAUCGGCGGGCUAAGGACAAGGCAGUAGCGGAGUUGCUGGAGAUUCUGAAGGAGAGAGCGGCGGCUCGCUGCGGUUAUGAGGCGGUGGAGGAGGAGCAGGAGAAGAGGGCGGUGGAGGAGAGCAAGGAAGGAGGAGGAGGAGCAGAAGAAGAAGGGAGUGAGUUCAGUAGUGAGAAGAGUGAAGAAGAAGAAGAUGACGAGAAGAUCAAAUGAGGCCAACAGUGAAAUUUUGGGGGCUUUUUUCAAUUUGUCCUCGUUUGUCAGGGAAAAAAUGAUUCAGGGACCGAAUUGAGAAGUGAGGAAAGAGUCAUGAUUCAUGCCACAGAGACAGAGGUAAGUAAAAGAGAGGAGAGGGGAAGGGAACAUUUUUAAUUGAAUGGUUUUGGGGUUCCCAAAAAAUUAAUUAAUGGAAUUGUAUAAUCUAAAGUAUGUUUCUAAACUAAUUAAUGUGUCAUGGACAAAGAAGGAUAAGCUCACUAAUUAUUGGCUAAUACCCAUGUGGGAUUUUUCUUUUUAAGUUUUUGCAUCUUAAGAUCAUAGCGAAUGUUAACUCAGCAUUUUUGAACAACUAAGCCAUAUAGGUUUAAUCUUUCUAUUGGUCUCGAAACUUCACAUCUCCCGUCAUCAUUUUCUACAAUGCAUUUGUCAUUUAGGACACAAACAAUGUCAAAUUUGAUUAACAGUUGUCGAAUUGAGUGACUAAACAAAUUUCCCAAAUGUAUGACUUGUGAUGCGAGUUACAAAGACCAUAGUUAUGGGAUCUUGCUGGAUGUUUAUACUAAUGGAUUAAGUUCAAAUCGAGACAUUUAACAUAAAGUACAAAAAUAGAGAAGCGUCAUACUUUGUUAAAGCUGUUGAAAAAAACUUAUACUUUGUUAAAACACGUAGUAGAGGGACCUGAUUGAUAAAGUAAAACUAGUACAUGGACUAACAAUGCUAUUAACUCAAGUUCUAUCCGGUUCUGAAAUUAGAGUUGGAUAUGACAUGGAGAAGGUGGUGCCUUUCUCUCUUCCUUUUGCCUUUUUGUGGAGACUCGAGAAGAAAAUAAUAUGGAGAGCACUAAGGAAGUAGCAGGAGAAUUCUGACCGCUUGCUUUGCUUGCAUGGGAUUUUGCACAUGGAAACUUGGCUGGCUGCCUCACCAUCCACAUUGCUAACCCCCCUCUAAUGUAAUCAACAUGGACAAUUUGCCCUUCUUUUCUCCUUUUUUUUUUUUUUGGUAUUUUCAUUUUCAUUCUCCUUCUCUCACUUAGAUUUUUUUUUCUUUGGACAACUCUAGCCACUAGAAUGGAUCAUAAGUUUGUUUGAAGAGAUGUACAAAAUGAAUAAUAGAAGAUCUAUUAUUGAACUACAUCAGAUGAACGUAAACUUUUUUGAUGUCAAGAUCGAGUUCCCGCCGCCCUGAAUGGUUGUUGCUACCCCGGGUCCGAACUAGUUUUGUUCAUUUUGUUAUCUUCCAUUAUCAGAAUAAUUGGGGGAAUAUUCAAUGAACACGAAACUCCAUGAUCAAUAAUUUUCGAUGACAUAUCCGGAGCCAAUUCAUAUGUCGAUAGAGUUACACUUAGUCAACCUCAAUGUUUCAUAUAUGUUUAGAGACAUCAUCAUUUAUCUUUCAAUCCUGCUUAAGCGCCACCAUGCUUUUCUUUAUUUGUCUCACCACUAGCUUGGAGGAGUAGAUCUGACUUAGUUACAAAAUUAUCUCAACUCAUAAACCCUAAGUAAUUUAUUGGACUCUAGUGAUACGGGUAGUCUCUAUUCGUCACCUCGGUCUCUAUUCCUCUUCAUUUGUUUAUCCUUAUCUUUGUACGGAGCUAGUAAGACGUAGUGUUAGUGUGUGGCAUAAGAUUUAUUAUGGAAUCUCUCUUAAUAAUUCGAGUUAUUGGGAUCAACUGGUUUUUGACAUGGUAUCAGAGCCUUCUGUGACCGAGAGGUCUUGUGUUCGAAUCCCGAUAACCCCCAUUUAUGAAGAACAUGGUAUUUUUGUGUUCAGACCUGUACAAAUUUCAAGCCCUUGUGAGUUGUGUGGAACCUCUUACAACAACUCGAGUUAUUGGAACCAACUGGUUCUUGACACGUAGGAGAUUAAGGACUAAUGAACUUGGACAAGAGUGAGACAAUGGUCGUAAUAUACCAUAAUAUUAUUAAUAAUAGUUAACUUUUCUUUUAACGACACAAUGACGCGUAAUAUUUACUUUAUGGGGUUACUAAGCAUGGAAUUAAUUAAUUACUAAUGAUGAUGGAUUGUGAUAGUUACCAUGAUUUUUGUUAUUGGUAUUUGGUAGUGUGAUUAAGUGGAUAAAUAAGUGGACGCGACAAUCCGACGGUGAACCAGGUGAAUGAUUAUGAUACCAUCAUACCAAUGUUGAAAUAAUAAGUCCUUUAAAUUCCAAAAAAGUUAAAGAAUUAAUAAAUAUUGAUCAAACCCAACUAGACAUUUUGCAUCAUGUCAUGGGUCAUGACCUCCUUCAUUAAUCUAAUGUCAUUAACAAGUGUUUUACUACCUUAUGCUAAGAGAAUUAAAGUGAGCAGUGAGGCAGUGCAGUGAGGUAGUGACGGAGUCAGAAAUCUAAAUGAUGGGAGCUGAUUUGAAUAGUGGUGAUUGGGGGAAGGGAGCUAAAACCUUUCCUACUAUUCUAUUUACUAAAUUUGUUAAAAUUUUUACAUGUAAUUUUAUCGACAUUUCACAGUUGUGAGAGGGCUACAAGCCUACAACCCCUCCUACCUUCAACAUAACUCCUCCACUACAAGUGAGAUCUUUGAACGGGUGUGGCAAUACGGGGAGGGGAAAAGAUCAUGGAAAUUGCGUGUUACUGAUAUUGAAAUUUAGAUCUCUAAAUUCAAAGUCUGGCAUCAUAAUCACUCGACUGACAAUACGUGCUAACCAAAUUAAGAUAUGUGAGGUAGACUCCGACGAUCCUUUGAUUUUAGAAGAGUGACCUAUAGACGCAAAUAUUCAAUGCUACUUGAUCUCAUAAGUAGCUGACAAAUCCAUGAAUUAAGCUGUUGAUUCAUACUUCCGCUAUAUGGAUGUGUAGGAAAUUCUAGGAGGAAAAUGACUUGUCAUGCCAUUGCUCACCUACCACUACUCUUACAAUCUUUGUUUCGUAACCCUUUAUUGAAGCUGAAAAAGUAAUUAGAUACUCAUAUGAGUUUUCAUAUAAACAAAAGAAAGUAAGGACUCAUAUGCAACUUUCAUUUGCCUUCAGAGUUCAGACUUCAGAGAAAGGUACACACAAUUUUUUAAAAUGCAACAUAAAAAAAGUGUCACUUGUCAAAAUAUAGUAGGCCAAGGGAUCUCUAAGGAGCUAGGAUUGACACCCAAGUGCUCUUUCCAACUCAUUUGUCUGAUAAAUCAAACAAAGAACAAAGAAACAAAAAACCAUCACCAAUGUCGUACUUUUCCUUCGUUGCAACAAGAGACUUUCUCCCUCUAAAAUUGGCUUUUCAUUUCACCAAGCUUUUCCUGCUAGAAAAUACCUCCUUCUCUCACCAUAAAAAAUUCCUCCUUUUUCCCUGGUCAAUUACAUAAACGAUCACCAACAUCUGGGGUGAGUAAUAAAUUUAUCCCAUUUUGUAUCACAGUUGAACCUAUAAUAUUGAAAUCUAGAAUCACUAACAUGACAAUCACUUUAUCGAUUAUUUUAUGGGAAUUGCCCAUGCCAUUAUUUUCUUAACAUCACUAAAAUAUAUAACAGGAAAAUCAAUAUAACCCCUUUGAAGCUACCUAGCAGUGAGGUAAAAGUUAGUUAGAUGGAGUCUAUAAAGAAGGGGUGAGAAAUGUUCAAGUAAAUAACAAGUUUGAUCUAGAUUUAACAUGGCUAAUCAAUGUUAAUAAUGAUAUUUUUGUUAUCAAUUCAUGUGAGUCGAUACACUAAUAUAAAGAAUCUGAAUAGAAAAUCAAACCCAUAUCAAUAAACAAAGGGAGUGUUAUAUGAACUCCUCAAACUUCAAUGGCAAAUGAGCUAAAAAUCAAAACUUAGCGACUAUAUUUAUAAUUUGCCCUUAUUGUCCUCCCAACAUGAAAAUCUCUAGCCUCUUUUCAACCUUUUUCAAUUCCUUACAUUUCUAGAUUGGCCCCUACCUCUCCAAUCUUAUCCAUAAGAUGUGUCUUUUUGAAGGACAAUAGCUUAAAACAAGAGAACAUUGAUUAAUAAUUCUAUGGUCUCUCCCCACUUUAUAUAAUUAGCAAACAUACUUUGACAUUAUUACCUUUUUUCCUCUCCUCUCUUCUAACCACCAAUUGAUAGGCAAAUGUGGUGCUUGAGCUUUAUUGGAUAAUUGUAAUCUACAGUUCUAAUUUGCCAAUAAUUAAAGAUCUCCAUGGUAAUUUUGUUACCUAAAUUGAUGAUCCCGUAAGCAAAAACAAUGAUUGUUUAGUGUACUUAAACAUUUUUUUUAGUAGACAUUGGGUCCCACAUUGUGUGUGAUUAAACAUUCAUGAUACCA